CCGCUCCGCGUCCAGCCGGCUCCCGUCCGCCCCGCGCCGCCGCCGGCCUCGCCAUGUCCGCCGCCAUGAGGGAGCGGCUCGACCGCUUCCUGCACGAGAAGAACUGCAUGACCGACCUGCUGGCCAAGCUGGAGGCCAGGAGCGGUGUGAACCGCAGCCUCAUCGCGCUCGGUGUCCUCGGGCUGCUGGCCUUGUACCUGGUGUUCGGCUAUGGCGCCUCCCUCCUCUGCAACCUGAUCGGAUUCGGCUACCCGGCCUACGUCUCAAUGAAAGCCAUCGAGAGCCCCAACAAAGAGGAUGACACCCAGUGGCUGACCUACUGGGUGGUGUACGGUGUGUUCAGCAUCGCCGAGUUCUUCUCCGACCUCUUCCUGUCCUGGUUCCCCUUCUACUACAUGCUCAAGUGUGGCUUCCUGCUCUGGUGCAUGGCGCCAAGUCCCUCCAACGGCGCCGAGCUGCUCUACAGGCGCAUCCUCCGCCCCUUCUUCCUGAAGCACGAGGCCCAGGUGGAUGACGUGGUGAAGGACUUGAAGGACAAAGCCAAAGAGACGGCCGACGCCUUCGCCAAAGAAGCCAAGAAAGCGACGGUGAACUUGCUGGGCGACGAGAAGAAGAGCACCUAGGCCUUCCGGCGCCGAGUGCGCCGCUGUGCUUCCACCCUCAGGCUGCCUCAGGAACGCGCUCGCGACGUGAACCCCUGGGAUGCGGCCCAAGUUCUGCUUACUGUCCGUGUACAAUGUGGAAAAUGUAUUUGCCUCUGGGUAUCCAAAGACACGUUACCAUCCUGCAGGAAAUACAAAAAUAAAGUGACGUGUCCCACAGCCUCUA